AAUACGAACCCUAAAACCCUCAAACCAAAAACCACCAAACUAAAACCCUCUAUUUUUCUUCUUCUCACAGCCUUUGGAAAUAAGUUUCUGGGAAAAAUUAGAAUUUUCCUGGGAAAGAGCCAAACGGUAGAAUGGAGGAAGAGGAUGGUCUUGCACCGGAACAUCUGCGGUGCAACCGAACGGAUGGGAGGGAUUGGCGGUGCAAUCGGUUAGUGAUGGAGGGGAAAAAGCUCUGUGAGGUGCAUUAUAUACAAGCCCGCCGCCGACAGCGCAAGGAGGGAGUUCCGGACUCGUUGAAACUGCAGAGAAGGAAAAGAAGGAAAAAAAUGGUUCUGGGUAGUGCGGAUUUGGCUCUUGAGAAGAAUCGUAAAAUUAGGGCUAAAAAUGUGGAGGGGGUUCCCAAAUUCGUGAAAUUGGGGAAGCCCAUGAAGCGGAAGCAAGUGAUCGGAGAAUCUGAAGCUCUUGAUGAGGCGGUGAGGAAGAUGAAGCUGAAGAAAGGGGAUCCUCAGUUAGAACUGAUAAGAAUGGUGUUGAAUAGAGAAAUAGAAAAGAGAAAGAAGAAAGAGAUAGACUUUGAAGAGACGAAUAGUAGUGAUUCAGAGGGAGAGUUGAUGAAACAAUUGCCCAAUGGACUAAUGGCAAUCUCCUCUAGUCCACAUUUCAACAAUGUAGGUUCUUGUCCUGGUUCUGCUUCAAGUUCUGGUCUUUGUGUCAAUGUCAAGAUAGGAGAAGCUGAAGCUGAUACAGCUACAGUCACCAGGAGACAGUUCAGGUCCAAGAAUAUCGAGCCAUUGCCCAUUGGCACGUUAAAGGUUGUGCCAUAUAAGAGGAAUUUGAUGAGUUCAAGGAGGAGGAGAAAGAGGUGCCAUCGGUGUAGGAAGGGAAGUGCUCUGAGUUUGAUCGAGUGUUCAAAUUGUGGCCAGCAGUUCUUCUGCGUGGAUUGUGUGAAAGAGCGGUAUUUUUUAACCCAAGAGGAGGUUAAACGGGCAUGUCCAGUUUGCCGUGGAACUUGUGGCUGUAAAGCCUGCUCAGUGAGUCAACACAGUGACAGUGAAUGUAAGGUCUUCUUGAGAGACAAAAACAGAGUAUGCAGGGUAUUAAAUCUUCAUUACUUAAUGUGCAAGCUUCUUCCUCUUCUGAAACAAAUAAACCAAGAACAAAGCAUUGAGCUUGAAAUAGAGGCAAAAAUGAAAGGCACAAAACCCUCUGAUGUUCAGAUCCAACUCGCUGAAUUGGGUGGCUAUAACCAUUAUUGUUGUAGCAACUGCAAGACUUCUAUUGUUGAUUUCCAUAGAAGCUGUCCAAAAUGUUCAUAUAAUCUCUGUUUAAGUUGUUGUCGGGAAUUUUUUCAAGGGAGCUUAGCUGGAAGUAUGAAAGCACUUCUCUGUAAAUGCCAGAAUAGAAGGAAAGCUUGUACACCUGGAUUCCGCCUUUCAGAUAGAAUAUCUAUAAGCACCUAUAAGCAAAAUUACUAUGGUGCAUUCUUUGGAUCUUCUGCAUUGUUACCUAGUUGGAAAGCUCCUGAUGCUGGUUUUUGUAUAUCCUGUCCACCUUCAAAUGUUGGUGGUUGUGGCAAUGGCCUUCUUGGUCUGAGAUGUCUUUUUCCGUUAAGGUGGAUUAAAGAGCUGGAAAUAAGUGCAGAAGAAAUAGUUGGCAGCUAUGAGCCGCCAGAAGCAUUUGAGAGUUUCUCAUUCUGCUCGUUAUGUGUUGGGAUGGAUCAUGAAGCUAACAGAUUCAAGCAGUUGCAGGAAGCAGCUAGGAGAGAAGAUUCAAAUGACAACUUCUUGUAUUACCCCACUGUUUUGGACAAUCAAGGUGAUAAUCUUGAUCACUUCCAGAAACACUGGAGUAGAGGCCAUCCUGUCAUUGUUCGUAAUGUGCUUCAGAAUACAUCAGACCUGAGUUGGGAUCCAUUAUUCUUGUUUUGCUCAUAUCUUAAAAACAAUGUUGCCAAACCUAAGAAUGAUGAGGAAGUAGCUAAAGCAACCAGCUGCUUGGACUGGUUUGAGGUAGAAAUUGGUAUUAAGCAGUUGUUUCUGGGCUCUUUUAGGGGGCAGACACAUGCUAAUACAUGUGAUGAGAAGCUGAAGCUGAAGGGCUGGCUUUCUUCUCAUUUAUUCCAAGAACAAUUUCCAACUCACUAUGCUGAAAUCAUUCAUGCUUUACCACUCCCAGAUUACAUGGAUCCUAACUGCGGUCUUUUAAACAUUGCUGCAAAUUUGCCACAAGAAAUCCCAAAGCAUGACUUUGGUCCAUGUCUCUCAAUCUCCUAUCAAAGUGGCGAGGAACUUGGUCUGCCUGAUUCAGUAACAAAACUAUGUUACAAUUUGCAUGAUGUGGUUAACAUCUUGGUACAUGCUACUGAAUUGCCUGUAUCCAUGAAGCAGCUUAAUAGGAUAAGAAAGUUGAUGAAAAAGAAACAGUCUGAAGAUCAAGAACACACUACCAGGUGUACUCAUGAUCAAAAGAUGGCUGAUAAUGUUACACAAAAAUCAUCAUCACAGGGAGAAAACAAGGAAGAUGUAGGAUUGAAUGAUAUGAUUGGAAAAGAAGUGCAUGGCCAUGAGAUAGCCCCAAAAGCAUCCCAAUUUGCUGUGGCCAACCAUGAAGCACGUGAUUUGAGUUUCAAAAAUAGAGAUAUGUACCCUGAUAAGGAAGAUGGUUCUGACACUGAUUCUGAUUCUGAUUGUAAUUCUAGCUCUGAAGCCCCAGCAAUGUCCUGUGGUACAGAAAGUCUCAAGUGUUAUAGAAAGGAAAAUUUGGCCAAGUCUUGUGGUGCUCAAUGGGAUGUCUUCCGUAGGCAGGAUGUGCCAAAACUUAUGGAGUACAUCAGAAAGCACUCUAAUGAGUUAAAUCAGAUGCAUGGCUUCCGUAAGCAUGUGGUUCAUCCAAUUCUUGAUCAGAAUUUCUUUCUGGGUAAAAGUCAUAAAGCAAGGCUUAAGGAGGAGUAUGAAAUAGAGCCCUGGUCUUUUGAGCAACAUGUCGGAGAAGCUGUUAUUAUUCCAGCAGGCUGUCCGUACCAGAUUAGGAAUGUUAAGUCCUGCGUUAAUGUGGUUUUGGACUUUGUUUCACCUGAGAAUACUAGUGAGUGUAUCCAGUUGAUUGAUGAACUCCGUCUGCUCCCAGAGGACCAUAAAGCCAGAUCUGAUAAGUUUGAGGUGAAUAAGAUGGCUCUCUAUAGUAUAAGUAGUGCAAUCAAAGAAAUCCGUGAGCUUACAUUUGCAAAGAACAGUGCUGAUCAUAGCUAGAAGAAGCUGUGAACUGAUUUGUGACGACAUGCAAGAGUAAUAUUCCCAUUAAGUUGCAGGAUUUUUUAUGCAACCGUGCAUUCAUUCUAUUCAUUGCCAAUUGCAGUCAGGAACUACUGCCAUUUUUUUCGACUGAAUCUGUAAAUGUCAUCUGUAAUAUUGAUGCAUACAAACAAGAAUUCAGGAACACGAGUUACUAAGCAUUGUAUUUUCUCCUUCUCUGCAAUAUAACAGCAGCCAGUUU